CGUGAGCGGUGAGGAGAGGCCCCGCGCCGGCCCCCGGGGUAGGAAGAGGCGGAGGAACCUGCUGCUGGUGCUGAGGACGGCGGGGAGGGCGAGUCACCCGGCAACGAUUAAGUGCUGAAGUACUGAUCGAGUUCUGCUAUUCUUCAAUGAGGAACUACAGGCUGAUCUUUUGCCAUAAUCUUAAACAACCAUAAAUGACAAAAGAAUGCUUGGUCAGUGAGGGCAGCUGGCGCAGAAAACGUUUUUCAAACUCGGCUGUUUAAGUACUCUGAGAAAAGACAGCUUUGAUUUUUGGCUGCAAAAAGAUAUGAGGAAGAGCUCCUCCCCUUCCUUGAGUAACUGCAACUCUGUUCUUGCUAACAAAAUAUUUGGAAUUCCACUUGGUGAGCUGCAGCAAGAAGGGCAACCAGACAAUGAGGUUCCAUUCAUAGUCCGCCAUGUUGUGGACUAUAUUGAAGAACAUGGGGGUCUGGAACAAGAAGGACUUUUUCAAGUCAAUGGGAAUGCUGAGACAGUGGAGUGGCUUCGGCAACGGUAUGAUAAUGGAGAAGAUGUGGACCUGGUUAAAGAAGCAGAUGUACCCUCAGCUAUUAGCCUUCUUAGAUUUUUUCUUCAAGAACUUCCAGAGCCAGUUAUCCCAGGCAGUUUGCACAUACAUUUGAUGCAACUUUCUCAAGCUAAUGUAGCAUCGCAUCAUGAAGAAAUUUGGUCGGCAAGUUCUUUAGCUGCAGUCUUUGGCCCGGAUGUUUUUCACAUUUACACAGAUGUGGAGGAUCUGAAAGAACAAGAAAUAGUUAGCAGAAUAAUGGCGGGACUUCUGGAGAACUACUAUGAAUUCUUUGAAAAUGAAGAGGAAGAUUUUUCAUCUACUAAUGAUUUAAGCUCAAUAACUGAGCAGGAAUGUACAGAAAGAAGAUCGGGUCCCAAUGCUUGA